AUGCUGAGCUUGGCAACAUCUGAGCCCCAUCCAGACAUUCAGAAGACAUUGAAUAUCAUUUGUGAUGGUGGUCCAAAAGCUGCAGCAUGGUUGAAAGAUAAGCUUGAAGGCAUGAAAUUCGCGUUUCCAGCAAUAUAUCAGCCAGCAAGCCUGAUACCUCUCGCUUUUUGGAAAGCAUCUCCCUUUAGGUUAAGGGACAUUGGUCAUAACACUCCCACUACAACUAAUGGCAAUGAGCAAUCUCAUUGUAAUGCAUAUUGUGAAGGCAUUCACUUGACUCUAUUAGCUGGCCUCAUGAAAGGCAUGAAAUACGAC